UGGGUGCCUGCGGCCGGCUAAAGGCUGACGUGUCUGCCGUUUCCAGGUGUCGAGAGGAGCAGUGAUGGCGGAUGCCUGGGAGGAGAUCCGGCGGCUGGCGGCUGACUUCCAGCGAGCGCAGUUUGCAGAGUCCACGCAAAGGUUGUCAGAGCGGAACUGCAUUGAGAUUGUGAAUAAAUUGAUCUCUCAGAAACAGCUGGAAGUAGUCCAUACACUUGAUGGCAAGGAAUAUAUCACUCCAGCCCAGAUCAGUAAAGAAAUGAGAGAUGAGCUUCAUGUCCGAGGUGGUCGAGUAAAUAUUGUCGACUUACAACAGGUUAUCAAUGUGGACCUGACUCAUAUUGAAAAUAGAGUCAGUGACAUUAUUAAGUCAGAGAAGCAUGUGCAAAUAGUACUGGGACAGCUGAUAGAUGAGAACUAUCUGGAUCGGUUAUCAGAAGAGGUGAAUGAUAAAUUGCAAGAAAGUGGUCAAGUAACUGUCUCAGAACUAUGUAAAACCUAUGACCUUCCUGGGGAUUUUCUGACACAGGCAUUAACUCAGCGACUUGGCCGGAUUAUCAAUGGCCAUCUUGACCUUGAUAACAAAGGAGUGAUUUUCACUGAGGCCUUUGUGGCUCGCCAUAAAGCACGCAUCCGUGGACUCUUCAGUGCUAUUACCCGGCCUACAGCAGUGAACUCUUUGGUUUCAAAAUAUGGAUUUCAGGAACAGCUCCUUUACUCUGUGCUUGAGGAACUCGUGAGCACUGGCCGCUUACGAGGCACUGUGGUUGGUGGGCGACAGGACAAAGCAGUGUUUGUCCCUGACAUCUAUUCCAGGACCCAGAGUACUUGGGUGGAUUCCUUUUUCAGGCAGAAUGGCUAUCUAGAAUUUGAUGCUUUAUCCAGACUUGGAAUCCCAGAUGCUGUGAACUAUAUAAAGAAAAGGUAUAAGAAUACCCCACUCUUGUUUUUGAAGGCGACUUGUGUUGGCCAAGGACUCGUGGACCAAGUAGAAGCAUCAGUAGAGGAAGCCAUCAGCUCAGGGACAUGGGUUGACAUUUUGCCUCUGCUACCUAGUUCCUUGUCAGUUGAAGAUGCUGCUAUGCUGCUUCAGCAGGUGAUGAGACCGUUCGGCAAGCACGCUUCAGCUACAGUCUUCAGUGACACGGUUGUGGUCAGUGAAAAGUUCAUAAAUGACUGCAUAGGACUGUUCAGUGAACGGAUGCACCAAAAAGCUGAAAAGGAAAUGAAAAAUAAUCCUGUGCAUUUAAUUACUGAAGAAGAUCUGAAACAAAUUUCCAUUUUAGAAAGUGCUAAUGCAAAUAAAAAGGAUAAAAAAGAUGAGCGCAGGAAGAAAGCAACAGAGGGCUCUGGAAGUGUAAGAGGAGGAGGAGGGAGCAAUGCCAGAGAAUACAAGAUUAAGAAAGUCAAGAAGAAGGGAAGAAAAGACGAGGACAGUGAUGAGGAGUCUCAGUCAUCGCAUGCUGGAAAGAAGAAGCCGGAUAUCACCUUCAUGUUCCAGGAUGAAAUUGAAGAUUGCUUAAGGAAACACAUUCAGGAUGCCCCUGAAGAGUUUAUUUCAGAACUUGCAGAAUACUUAAUAAGGCCUCUUAAUAAAAUGUAUCUUGAGGUAGUACGUUCAGUCUUCAUGUCUUCAACGUCUGCUUCUGGAACUGGCAGAAAACGUACAAUCAAAGACUUACAGGAAGAGGUUUCAAACCUAUACAAUAAUAUCAGAUUAUUUGAAAAGGGGAUGAAAUAUUUUGCAGAUGACACACAGACUGCUCUUACCAAGCACUUGCUGAAGACAGUGUGUACUGAUAUCACUAACCUCAUGUUCAACUUCCUAGCCUCAGAUUUAAUGAUGGCGGUGGAGGACCCUGCAGCCAUUACAAGUGAUAUAAGAAAAAAAAUUUUAAGUAAAUUGACAGAAGAAACCAAAGUACCUCUCACAAAACUCCACAACUCUCUGAAUGAAAAAAGCAUAGAAGACUUCCUAUCUUGUCUGGAUUCUGCAACAGAAGCCUGUGACAUUAUGGUGAAAAAGGGAGACAAGAAAAGGGAAAGGCAAAUCCUAUUCCAGCAUCGACAGGCUCUGGCUGACCAGCUGAAGGUUACAGAAGACCCAGCUCUGAUUUUACACCUCACAUCAGUCCUGUUAUUUCAGUUCUCAACCCACAGCAUGCUCCAUGCACCUGGAAGAUGUGUCCCACAGAUCAUCGCUUUUCUUCACCACAAAAUCCCAGAGGAUCAACAUACUCUCUUGGUAAAAUAUCAAGGAUUGGUUGUGAAGCAGUUAGUCAGUCAAAAUAAGAAGAGUGGACAGGGAGAGGAUCCAUCAAGCGAUGAAUUAGAUAAGGAGCAGCAUGAUGUCAGCAAUACUACUCGGAAAGAGCUUCAGGAACUGUCAUUAUCCAUUAAGGACCUUGUUCUCAAGUCCAGGAAGUCAUCUGUGACAGAGGAAUAAUGCCCCUGAUUUACUUUUGUUACAUAAUAUUUUCCACAAAGUAGAUGAGUGAUCACAGAAUUAGUCACUCAGCACACCCAACUCUCCCCUGUCAACCCUCCCCACAAAACUCAAAUAAAAUAGUGGUAUUGUAAUAUGUGCAAAUCUUAUGGAAAACUUUGCUGUUAAGUUCUCCAUGAAACAUUUUCUUUUCACAUAAUCCUGUGUAUAAUUUUUUAUGUAAUAAAAGUUCUUCAAAUAGUUCUGAAUCUAGAACAUGUUAUAUGCUUUAAUAUUCUUCCAGAUGUUAAAAUGAAGAAUAAACUAGAAUAUCUUUUAUCUCUAGGAAA